AUGCAGUCGCAGUCGCAGGCUCGCGACCCUAAUCAGUUGCCCGAUGACGGCCACGCUCUCACCACCACCUUGACUAAAUCCGAGCAUGACACCUACUACUCCAACCGCGAUAUUGCCAUCUUACAUGCCAUCGUCGCGGCUGCCCAGCAUCAGCUCGACCAUGCCCCCCACCCUAAGCCACUGCCCGCCGCAGCGCUGUUUAAGGCGUACGACGACAUCCUCCCGGAUUUUGGCAUCGACCCAGAUUCCGAUUACCACCUGUCCGCUUUUGUCUUUCGGGUUGGAGGCGAACAGGGCCAUGGCACUCUCUCGGACGUCACCCUCUUCUCCCUCGCCGGCUCAGUUACGCUCUAG